GCUUGCUUGCUUUUACUUUCGUCUUACCCUUUUUCUUCUUUUCUUUUCCCACUAGAUCUUGCUAUGAUGAGAUGAUUUUUGUGUGUAUGAUACGACACUUGUCUCUACUUUUUUGUUUCCUGGGGGUAUCAUAACCGGAGGAAAAAGGGUUCGCGGGUAACGACACGCUAUUGGUUUGGUUCCGUUUUUGUUCAAACUUUGAAGCGAUCGAGCGAGCCCAUUCCCUCUUUCCAUUCAUAUUUUUUAUUUUAAAGUGUUAGCUUCCAUUCUGUGCUGUGUUGUGCUUACGCUGCAGCAAAGCAGCACACAGUAGUCUUGAGAUUAGGUUUGCAGCUAUCAUUGCCUCACCGAAUUUCUUACAUUGCUCGAGUACGGUGCUCGAGUACUCGUACACUGCUGCACCGUAACGAGCGGACGGACAGACGGACCAGUACAAACUUUUGGUGGCUGCUGCCAAUCCGUUACCUUACAAACUUCUUUCUCAUCUCACGCUAACGCUCACAACCCAUACUCGAGUAGUCAGUUAGUCUACUUGCCUUGCGUCUUGUCUUGCUUGGGCUUGGACAGACGAACGGACCGACAGCGAGAAAAACUCAGCUCGCGCCCACCCGCCCAUAAAAAAGGAAAGAAAGAAAAAAAGGACCUUUUUUCCCCGGGAAAAUUCCUAAACGGCAUUUUUGUUCUUCGCUCAUUACAUCCUUGUUUGCUGAAAGGGAAGUAGGGAGGGAUUUCCAUAACGGAAGAUACAGACUACCGGGUAUUCACCGAGCAGAGGAGACGAUAACAAGUUGCGGACGCGAAACGGACGAACCGACCAACGAACCGGGUGGAGACGUGGAGAAAGACAAACAACGCUGGCGAGGACAAGGAGACGGGAUAACUGAGAAAAGUUGGGGUAGUAAGAUUGGGGAUAGAUACCCUAGGAGAAGGAGGAGAGGAGAGGUAUCAUGAGUUCAGCGAUAGCUUCGGCAACGGCGAGUGCGCUCGCGAGUGCUACUUCAAAGGCAGCGAGCGGGGGACAUGGUCUCGGUGGCGCCGGAGGUCGGCCCCCAGUAUACAAAGCCAUUGGUGUUGCUCUCGCUGUUUCCUCGGGAGUGUUUAUCGGCGUUUCGUUCGUGCUCAAAAAGAAAGGCUUACUAGCGGCGAAUCUAAAGGACGGGAAGGAGGCUGGUGAGGGUUACGGAUAUUUAAAGAAUGCCUGGUGGUGGUCGGGGAUGAUAUUGAUGAUUUUGGGGGAGAUUUGCAAUUUUUGCGCAUAUGCUUUCGUCGAGGCUAUUCUAGUUACACCGCUUGGUGCUCUGUCUGUUGUAAUUACUGCCAUCCUGUCUUCCAUAUUCCUCGGUGAACGGUUGUCCUUUGUCGGAAAGAUCGGGUGCUUUAUGUGCAUAAUCGGGUCUAUAGUUAUUGUCAUCAAUGCCCCGGAACAAUCCUCUGUCAACUCUAUUCAGGAUAUGAAACAUUUUAUUAUAUCGCCCGGUUUCUUAUCCUAUGCAGGGGUUGUCAUACUCGGGUGUAUUGGAGUGGUGGUGUGGGUUGCGCCAAAGUAUGGGAAUAAGAGUAUGAUGGUCUAUAUCAGUAUUUGUAGUUUGAUCGGGGGAUUGAGUGUAGUUGCUACCCAAGGUCUUGGUGCUGCGGUCGUUAAACAGGCUUCUGGAACCCCACAGUUUAAUCAGUGGUUUCUCUACGUACUUCUGGUCUUCGUGGUUGUAACAUUGUUGGUUGAGAUCGUCUACCUGAACAAAGCUUUGAACAUUUUCAACGCAGCACUGGUGACGCCAACGUAUUAUGUGUGUUUCACAAGUUCUACCAUCGUGACCAGUGCCAUCUUAUUUAGAGGGUUUAAGGGAACUCCCAGUUCUAUCACAACUGUUGUGAUGGGCUUCUUGCAGAUUUGUUCAGGCGUAGUGCUGCUGCAGCUAUCAAAGAGUGCUAAAGAUGUUCCAGACACAGAAAUAUUUCGUGGGGACCUUGACCAGGUGCGCACUGUUGCUGAGCAAUCUGAACCGGAAAGCGAGCCCAAAGCAGAUGCCAUUCGUGGAACAGCAGCAAUUAUUCGUCGUAUAUCCAUUGCCAGACAGAAGGCUGAGGUUGAAGAAGCUAGACGGAUUAGGGAAGAGAAGAUCAAUGAAAUGCUUCACGGGCCGAAUCAGAACGUGGAAUGGGAUGGUGUUAGGAGGAGAGUUACUUUUAGUGCCCAUGGAGCGCCUCGGCGGAGAAAUACCAUGUCAGGAUCACAUCCCCCACUUGGGAUGUCUCGUAUGCCGGACCUAGAGGAAGGCGUGGAAUCAUCAACCCCGGCGGCAGACGUGGGCCCUGGACGCCGGAGAAGCAUGAGUGUCGAUGAGGCAAUGAGAGCGCAAGUCUAUGGUAUUCAACCUAACGAACCGGAUCAACAGCCCGCUAGUAUUGUGGAACGAGUCAAGAGCCUAUUUAUUCCUAGACAGCGCAGUUCCCCUAGUCUUCGUAGCGAAGCAGGCAUCGCAACACCCCACCGGGAUUUCCGCGAUUCUAGCGCCCCCCCGCUAGCUCCGAGCCACACAAGCUCUGAACAUCCGCCGCCCUUGCCAAUGGUAGACAUGUCUGCACCGCCCGGGACCCCACAUCUAGCCGUAACCCCCCCUGUAUACGAGCACUCCACGAGUACACGCGACUUCGCGCCUGGACAAUCCUCCUCCAGCCACCGGAGAACAACAAGUAGAGGAAGCGAAUACACUGCUCUCGCGCCACAAACAUCCCCCCCAACUCCACCUCCUGCUCCAUCGACCCCCGACCUUCGACCCUCCAGCGGUUCUUCUGGUGCCCGUCGACAAUUCUCCUUCCAGAGUAUGUUUGGUCGACACGGACACACCCACUCACGCUCGAACUCCUCUACAGUACACGUGGAAGAACCAGUCUCAUAUUCCGCCCCACAUUCACAACUUCACCUCCCGAGAUUAGGUCUGGGCUCCCGCGGAAGUUCUGCCCCCGGCGCAAUUAAGACUGAAGAAGAAAUGGUUGGGCUUGUCAAGGGCGAUAGCCGGAACAAUGCGCUGCCACCAUACGAUAGCGACGAGGAGAAGGGAAAGGCGCCUACUGCUAGCGUGCGAUAUGUCGAAAGCGAUCCGGAGGAGGAGCAGGAGACAGAGCGGGAGGAGAGUUUGUUGAAGAAGUGGGAGGCUGGAGGCGGGCCGGGACGGUCAUGA